GAGAAAUUUAGUAAAGAAAAAAAAAAUCAUAGUCAACAAAGAACAACGAGCAAACCAAGAUGGAAAAUUUCUGAAAUUCGUUUCUCUGUAAGUUGUUGCAGCAGACCCCUUCUUUUUUUACUUCUCAAUUUUAAGUCUGGAUUUUCUUGCAUGUGUUUUUUAAAAAAAUUUUUCUUUUGUUUUCUUUAAUUAAUGAAGAGAGAAGAAAAAAACUUUCUUAAUUGCUUUUAGAGCCUUGAUUGUUUCAUUUCAUGAUGAUUUGGAAUCUGGAAUGUACUCAAAUUUACUUAAUUUCUUCUUUCCUUGGUGGAAGAACAGAGAAGCUCGUGCUGAUCAUUUCUUUGGAGUGAGUUUGUACUUCUGGGUUUUGCUUUUUUAAGCCUUAAAAGUUUUAAUUUUUGCUGUUAGGUACUGUUGUAGAGAAAAGGGUUGGGCUGAUUUUAAGACAAGGGGCUUGCAGCUGAAGAAGAGUUUCUUUUUUGAAUGUUUGAGAUAAGAAAAUUCUGGAAUUUUGAUUAGUUCUCUUGUUUUAGCAGUUUGAAUUUUGCUUUUCUUAUGGUAGGGGAUUUUGGUUCCCUUGUGGGGACAAAUUAUUUGGUUUAUCCUUAUGAUUUUGGGUUUUCUUUUUAGAUGAUCUAGAAUAUGGGUUUUGGUAGUUGAUGCAUUUCUGAUUAGUGAUUAGAGUUUUGAGGGAUCCAAGUAAUUUGUCGGAAUCAGCAUUGUGGCAUUAAGGGGGGGUGAAUCAUGCUCAAACAGAUUCUAAGUAAGCUUCCUCGGAAGUCGUCCAAGACAGCUGAUAGUCGUGAACAUGGCGGAAAACAUGCUACUUAUUCUAGUGUUUCUGGUGGCUCGAGGAGCAGUGAUUUAGGAACUGGCAAGGUAGGAAAUUUUAAUGUUUCAUCCUUUCCAGUACCUAAUUCUACGGAAGAUGUUGGAUGGAAAGGUGCAAAUUCGAAUUCCAAUGGGAACCAUGUGUUCCCUGCUUAUGAAUCAUUGCCUGCUUUCAAAGAUGUUCCAGCAUCAGACAAGCACGACUUAUUCAUAAAAAAGCUUAACUUGUGUUGUGUCAUUUUUGAUUUCACUGACCCCACCAAGAACCUCAAAGAAAAGGAGAUCAAGCGGCAGACUUUGUUAGAGCUUGUGGAGUAUGUGACUUCUGCAAAUGGGAAAUUUUCAGAUGCUGUUCUGCAAGAAAUUGUUAAAAUGAUAUCAGCAAACUUGUUUAGGAGCCUUAAGCCUCAACCACGGGAUAAUAAGGUUGUAGAAGGCGGCCUUGAUUUGGAAGAGGAGGAACCUUCAAUGGAUCCUGCUUGGCCACACUUGCAAAUUGUAUAUGAGUUUCUUUUGAGGUUUGCAGCCUCACCUGAGACUGAUACAAAAUUGGCCAAAAGAUAUGUUGAUCGAUCCUUCAUCUUUAAGUUGCUUGACUUAUUUGACUCUGAAGAUCCUAGAGAAAGGGAAUAUUUGAAAACAAUUCUUCAUCGCAUCUAUGGCAAAUUCAUGGUUCAUCGACCAUUCAUUAGGAAAGCUAUAAACAACAUCUUUUUCCGUUUUAUUUUUGAGACUGAGAAACAUAAUGGGAUUGCUGAACUUCUAGAAAUAUUGGGCAGUAUUAUUAAUGGAUUUGCCUUGCCACUGAAAGAAGAACAUAAAGUAUUCCUUGUUCGGGUGCUAGUUCCCUUGCAUAAACCAAAAUGCUUAGCAAUGUAUCAUCAGCAGUUAUCUUACUGCAUUAUGCAGUUUGUUGAGAAAGACUGCAAGCUUGCUGAUACUGUCAUUAGGGGGUUAUUAAAGUACUGGCCCAUCACAAACAGUUCAAAGGAAGUCAUGUUCCUAAAUGAAUUGGACGAAAUUUUAGAAACAACUCAGCCACCAGAAUUCCAGCGCUGCAUGGUGCCCUUAUUUCGCCAAAUUGCUCAUUGUUUGAACAGUCUGCACUUUCAGGUAGCUGAGCGAGCUUUGUUUUUGUGGAACAAUGAUCACAUUGAGAACUUAAUUAUUCAAAACCGCAAGGUUAUACUGCCCAUUAUUUUCCCAGCCUUGGAGAAAAAUGCCAGAAAUCACUGGAAUCAGGCUGUACAUAGCUUGACAGUAAAUGUCCGCAAAAUCUUCAAUGAUCUUGAUCCAGAGCUGUUCAAGGAAUGCUUGCUUAAGUUUGAGGAAGAUGAAUCAAAAGAAGAUGUGAUUGAAGUGAGGCGUGAAACUACAUGGAAACACUUGGAAGAACUUGCUCAAAAGAAAGCUUCUGGGAGUGAAGCAGUGGUCAUUCCCCUACAAAGCAAACGCUAAUGGCUCAUCAGGGUAGAUAUAGAGAGAGGGUAUCAGUUUUUCUAUUGGGAUGUAAGUACCAACCUUGUCCGGGUGGUGUAAUAUAGUCAAUUUCUUGCCCACUACAAAAAAGGAAUCUGAGAUUGCUUUAUGGUAAGUUCCAGCCUAUUAGUGAAGCCUAAUAAACAUUUUUGUUAAAUUAAUCUUUUUAUUAUUGAACUUAUCCUAUUCAUAUACUUCUUGGUUUGCAUCAAAUUACGUAUCCAUAAACACAUUCAAUGGUGAAGGGAGGAAAAUAGAAAAAAAAAAAAAAAGUCGCAGUGAUAGUCAAUGUUAAUCACUUUUGUUGCUUUCUUUCUGAGUUUCCUUAUCCACAUGUACUGAAGAAUAUUGUGUUAAGCAUAGUACCAGGGGAAAAAAAAAGCUCUGAGCAAUCAUUUAAGCCUGCUUAGAAAUGUAUGUUUAGCACUGCUGACAGGUUUAUGCUUAUCAAGUCAAAUGCAACUGCUCCAUGUUGCAUCAGGCAAUUUUUAUUUUAGGAUAAUGUCAUCAAUGGCCUUAAACUAUAACGAAAUAUUCCGUUUGAUACCUGAACUUUAAAGAUUUUUAAUAUAAUAGUUGAAUUAUAAAAAUGUUAACUAAUAUGGUACUUGGAAGAUUGUUUGUUAGCCAUAUAACAUCAUUUGGAACUAAUGAAUUAGUGAUGUAUAUUAUAUUAGUUAAUAGAUUUAUAGUCUAUAAUUUAUAUAUCACAUUGAUUCAGCAUUACAGUGAAUAUUUGACUAUAAUUCGGAGUCACUCGAGACAU